GUGAGAGACCCUCGUGAGUCGUGAGCCCAGCUAUACAACCUCCGCUCCUCCUCGAUCCCGUCCUCGUUCACUCCGCAUCCCAGCCGAAUUCCCCCCGUCUCCACCGCUCAGUCCCCGGACCGCCGGACCUCUCCUCGCCUUGCCAUGGCAGCCGCAGCACUGAGGGCGCAGCUCAACGCUCAUAUCGCCGGCAUGUACACCGAGGGUGUCGUGGAUGAGGACACGCUCGAGGAGCUGCGGGACGAGGGCACCGCCAUCGAGGUCUCCCGCCUCUUCAUCUACGACGCCUCCGAGAUCAUUGACGACAUCGACAUCCUGAUGGAGGAGCCCGAAGUGGACUUUGACGAGGUGGAAGCCCUGACGCAGCAGCUCAUGCGGUGCACCUCCAGUGUUGGUGCACAGCAAGUGAACCUCGCCUGCAUGCACUUCGGCAAUUUCUAUGCCAUACAAUACAAACAUGGGUGUCUCGUGUCAUUGGCUCUUGUUAGGAACGAGUUCUAUAUUGUGCGACAUGAGUUGGAGAUCAUGAUGCAGCUCGAAGAGCAGAUCGCGGCAUGCGGUCCUAACUCCUAAGUAGCGGCAAGUGAAUGGGG